GCGACCGACUAUCCAGUUGUGUUUGACGCGCUCAAGUGAAUGCAUCUCCCAUCAUACAUUUUAUUUCAUAGCCGAACAACGCUUUUAUAUUACAAUACGAAAAAUUUCAUAAACAAACUUACACGAAGAGUGAAAGAAAAUAAUAAAAUAAAAUAAACUGCAAAAGAGUGGGUAAAAGUGGAGAAUUUUCUUUAUUCAUUAAGCUAAAUAUGUAUGUAUGUAACCUCGGACAAAACCAGUGAAAUUUUUUCUUGCACCUCCAGCUAUGGGUUUUUUCCCCAUUUUUGCAGAGAAAACGUGUGGAUUGUAAGAAAAGAAACUCUGUGUGUUUGUGUGGAAGAAAGGAGACAAGUGAAAGAGACUGAUGUAGCCAAAAUAUAUUGUACACAAAGGAAGAACAAGUGACGAAGGUGGAGAAGAUAUAGAAAGAACCCAAGAAGGAUUUCUUUGUGAAACAAUAUUGAUACUAUUAUAUACACAAUAUAUAUACAUAGUUCAACAUGGGAAUGUUCUACUGAUGGCUUAAGAGGUCGCACACACAGUAAACCCAGAAAAGAGAAAAAGAAAGGAAAAUCUUUGAGAAAAAAAAACCUAUGAGAGAAAAAAUAUAUUUGUGCGUGGAAGAAACAAAGAAAAUUAUUCUUUUUUUUGCAAUUGCCUAUAUAAAUAAAAUUCAGUGUGAAACGGUGUCUUAUCACAUGUUGACAUAGUGCAACAAACCCCAGAGAGACAUCCUUUAGAGAAAGAGAGUGAGAGAGCAAAAUCUUUGUGUGUUUUUUAACGUACAUUGAAACUUGAGCAUAUAACAGUUGACGCCAAUUUCAUACCUGUGAGAAAACUGCAUCAGUGAUUAACUUUCUGAUCUUCCAUCGUCGUCUUGCCGUUGUGUUUGAGAAGAUCUAAACGCAAAAAGUUGAGGAGAUGACAGCAUGUUGGAGUUGGAUGAAAUGAAGUGAAGAUAAGAAAUGACGCUAAAUCCACUGAUUGUGAUUUUCUACGCUUUCUGCUCGCACAUCUUCAGGGAAGUGGCAUCCCUACCGGUGACAUCAAAGCCACUCGCGAGCAAUCCGGACCAUUUGGCGUGGGAAGCAUGGCUUACGGUGGAUUCACGCAAUCCCUUCCACAACGACAUGACGCGCAAAAUUACACCAAAGUCAAUUUUCAUUGCACCAAAUUUCCGCAAUGAAUCCCUCCCGUGUCCCACGGGCUUCAAGGUUGACCAUCGAGGUCAGUGCAUCAGGGUCGUGAGCAUUGAUCCGAAUGAUCUCCUUGCAAAUCGCCUCCAAUCAAUUCUCGCAUCGACAAAUCUCCAAAUGGAUGAUGAUGAGAUUUACGACUAUGAUGCAUCUUACGACACAAGUGGCCCGUUCCAGGUGAAUUUACCUCUCUCCUUGGAUGCAAACUCCAAGCUUGAGGAGAAUGGAGGAAUGGGUAAAGCACCUGAAGGACUAAAAGAGAAUACUCAAAUUCUCAAAGGAGAAUCAUCGAAUAUUGAGGAGACCGUCGAAGAUCAACAAGAAACCACAACUACAGCUGACGACGAAGAGAAAGUCACAACAGAUAUGUUUCUAGCGUCUAGUGAAGACGGAAUUGAAGACAUCACAGAUGUGACAACGAUUGAGAACAUUUCAACUGCACAACUUCCUCUGGUUGCAUCAUCAACAAAUGAACCAUCCCAUGAGGUUGAAAGUUCAACGGGGACGAAUGAGAAUGUGACUUGGGAGGAAAAAUUGGAAAAUACCACAAAUUCAGCCAUUGAAUCAUCCACAGACCAAAGUACAGAGAAACCACCAGAUGCAAUGGUUGAAGAAGAAAUGGUAGCAUUGAGGCAGGAAGAAGAUUUGACGACAACAACACUAAGAAGUGACGUGAAGAAGGAUGAAUUGAAUGUGGAUAGUACGACGCAGAGUACGAAUUUUGAGGAUAUCACAACGAUAACCAAUGUUGUGGGCACAGAAAGAGUCACCCUGUGGACUUCAGCUGCAUCCCCAUUGCCCACAGUGGGUACACCACAUGGAUGGAGAACAGAUGAGAAGCGCGUUGUCAUCAUUACGGAUAAAUUUAAGCCGAGCCGAAAGGAAACAGUGCAGAUUGUUACACCCAUCCCGAAUAUCUUCAUCUCAACCACAGAUGCUGUGGAGGAGAGUACACAGCUUGAUGAUGGGAAGGAACUCCUUGGGGUGCUGGAUGAAACAGCAUUAGAGAAGAAGAUGCGUGAAAUGGUGAUUAAUCAGGAAGAAAAAGAUGCCGCUCUCGAAAAGAUUGAUGCCAAUAAUCGUUUUGUCUAUCAUCAUCUUAAGAAUCCCCCAGCAUCUACAGAACAAAGCCCCACCACAACUACUCCUCCGCACACAACAACAACUGAGGCAAAUGUGGUCAUCACCACCACAGUUGUGAGGGAGGACGUAACAACAGAGGUACCACCAAGUCAGAAGGUACGAAAGACAAAUCGCCCAGAGAAGAUUACAGAGAAACCACAGAAUAGAAUAAGAUUUCCAACUGAUAGUGCCGAAGAGGAUCCAGAGGAAUUCAAGGGGGACCUAAUACGUUUCCCUGGACCAGCAUCCCAUCGUUUCUUGCCAAAUAUGAAUCGUUUGAUUCCCGAAUCGGUGACACGAAGGACACCACCAACAACAGCAACCCCCCCGGGUAAUGAUCCCGGAAGAGGUCAAGCUGGUGCUUUUGCCAAUCGCAAGCAAUCGUGGUAUCCAUCAGCAUGGGCGGGAAAUAGUAGGAAUCAAACAACAACCAAACAACAGAAGCCAGUUUUAUUGCGCUUCUGGUCACGAAUGCCCCUUGUCCGGGAUACAUCCUUCACAGGGCGACGUUCCCUAGGACAUCGGGAAAACUCAAAGAGCCCCUCGGAUAAUCUCUACAGAGAUAUCCCUCCGCAGGAUAUUUACAGAGUCAUUGAAGUGGCCGAAAGGAAAACAAAAAAAUUGUCUUUGUAUGAAUGUUAGCAAAUAGAAAAGAAAAUGUUGUAGGAUGAGAAAAGUUGUAGUGAAAAUUUUGCAUAGAAAUUGUGUAAGAUAGAAAAUAUUUGCAGGAAAUAAUAUAUACAUACAGUUUCAAUUUAGGGUACUUAAACUACUUAAGCACAAACAAAUUAACUAUCCAAAAUGCAUGAUAACAAAUUUCUUGCAAAAAUAUUUGAACUACAGACACAUAUUUUUAAAUUCUGUGAUUAUCUUUGAUAAAGAAAUUAUUAUAAUUAAUUAAAAACAAAGCAAAACUAUUUCCUUCUCUUAUGGAUUUUAACUAAAAUAUUAACUACCUAUAUUUAAAAAAAAAAGUCAUUUCUUCUGUAAAAUUAAAGGAAAAAAAAAUAAACAAAUGGCAAGUAAUAAAUCUUCCACGAUAGAUAGAGCAAAUUUGGGGCGUAUUGAACCAAUUUUUAAUGCAUGACAGCACAAAACAUUGCAAAAGAAAAACACAAACAGCAUUCAUUAUUGUAGAUGAUAGUUUAUAAAAUCAUACUGAUUUUAACUUAUAAACACUAUUGGUUUACGUGCAACAAACUCUGUCUGCAAUUUGUAAAUCAUUUUAAUUGUAAAUUUUUUUCUCGCAUUUUUUACGAAAGAGCGGAAGGAGAUUAUCGGGUAUGUAAUCCGACGAUGAAGAAUUUAUACCAAUAAACUUUGUGGUGACAUAAGAUGGGCGUCGCGACAAUUCGUCAAUUUUAUCACGGAAAAUAAUUUAAAAAAGAAAAAAAAACAUUUUUGGACGUUUCUUUCGUUCCGUUUUGGAUAUUUAUCAAAAUAAAUUUAAAUUCAAAGAAAAAUUUGCAUUAAAGUGAAUAUUUUUUUUAAUAUGUAUUGAAAUAUGCGAUGGUAUAUGUUGCCGGUGAACAUGGCUUUUAAGUUACAAUAGACUGCAAAGAAUUCCUAAACAUUUAAUUCAUAAUUUUGAGCGCAAGAAAAGCUCCAGAAAAAGUUUCAGUGCAAGAAUAAUAGCCAGGGGCAUUAAUCUGAAUGAAAAGUAAGGCAAUUUUGUAGAAAAUAUGCGGAAUAAUUGAGAAAAUUCAUUGAUAAUCUCUUAAAUUCAAUCUCUUAAACUCCCGAAUAUUCAGGUCGGGAAUUUUAUUCUAAUUAAAUUUGUGUUAACCAAAUAUCAAAGAUAUUCGUAAAAUAUUUAGAGAAAAUGUUCAAAAACUCACCAAUUAAGCACCCCUUGAAUAAAAAUUUCUGCUAAAAAAAUUUUCUAUUCAAUAUUUUCUUCCCCAAAAGAGAAAAAAAGGAGAAGAAUAGAAAAACAGUCAAUGACCAUUUUAAUAAUUAAACCAUCAUACGGAAAUGCAUGUAUAUAAUAUAUAAAUCUACAUAAACAUAUAAAAAGCCAUGUUUACCGCAUUAAACAUUUUUUUCUGUAAAUAUUAUUUCUUUAUUAAUUUGCAUUUAAAUUAACAAUGCUAUUGAUUGAGUGUAAUUUAUUAUGCCGACUAAAAACAGUAUAUAAAUAUAUAUAGUAAUUAUUGUGUAGGUAAUAUAUAAAAUGAUAACAUAAUUACAACAAAAUAUAUACGCAAUGAAAGUAUCUCAAUAAAAAAAAACAAAUAUAUAGCAAAAA